CUGAAUGUGUUAUUUUUGAAUGUAUUUAGUAUAUGGAAUAAGGUAGAUGGACUUGUAGCACAGUUAUAGAUUGGCAUAUAUGAUGUUGUAGGCAUCAUUGAAUUGUGGCUGAAAGAAGAUUAUAGCUAGGAGUUUAAUAUUCAAGGAUACACAUUGUAUCGACAGGCAGGAAGGCACAUGGAGUGGCAUUGCUCUGUUAGUAAAAAAUGAAAGCAAGUAAUUAGAAAGAGGUGUUUAAUCAUUGUGGAUAGAGCUAAGGAACUUCAAGGGUAAAUGGACCUUGAUGGGAGUUAUGUGCAGACCACCACCCCUCCCAAACUGUAGUAAGGAUGUGGUCCACAAAUUACAAUGGGAGGUAGAAAAUGCAUGCCAGAAAGGCAAUGUUACAAAUGGUCAUGGAGAACUUCGAUAUGCAGGUAGAUUGGUCUGGAUUCCAGGAGGGGCUGUUUCUGGAAUUCCAAUGAGAUGGCUUUUUGGAACAGUUCAUGGCUGAGCCCACUAGGGGAUCAGUUAUUCUGGAUUGGGUGUUGUGCAUUGAUCCGGAUUUAGUUAGAGAGCUUCAGGUAAAAUAACCCUUAGGGGAAAGUGAUCAUAAUAUGAUCAAAUUCACCCUGAAUUUUGAGAAAGAGACACUGAAGUCACAUGUAUCGGUAUUACAGUGGAGUAAAGGUAAUUACAAAGGCAUGAGAGAGGAGUUGGCUAGAAUUGAAUGGAAAAGAACACUGGCAGGGAUGACAGUAGAGCAGCAAUACCAACAGAAGGCAACUAAAAAAGUCAUUAAGAAGGAAAAGAUGGAAUACAAAAGUAAGCAAGCCAAUAAUAUUAAAGAGGAUACCAAAAGUUACUUCGGAUACAUAAAGUGUAAAAGAGAGGCGAGAGUGAGAUCUCUAACCUCUUGCUUCAGCAGUCUGAAGUACCCAUCUGCUUCAAGUAGGCUUCACUUUAACCAGACCCUAAAAAGAACAUGGUAACCUCCCCCAAUGACAAUCAUGUAGUGUUGAAGUGUUUUGAGAGGUUGGUGAUGAAACCUAUCAACUGCCUGAGAAGAGAUUUGGAUCCACUCCAAUUUGUCUACCAAAGCAACAGGUCCACAGCAGAUGCCAUCCUAUUGGCUUUUCACUCUAUCCUGAAACAUCUGGACAGCAAAGAUACAUACAUCAGAAUGCUUUUUAUCUACUACAGCUUGGCAUUCAUUACCAUCAUCCCUUCAAGACUAAUCAAUAAGCUUCAAGACAUUGGUCUCAACACCUCAUUAUGCAACUGGAUCCUUGAUUUCUCACCUGCAGGUUUCAGUCAGUUUGGAUUAGCGGUGUGCCUCAGGGAUCUGUACUGAGUCCAAUGUUGUUUGUCAUAUACAUUAAUGCUCUGGAUGAUGGGGUGGUAAAUUGGAUUAGUAAGUAUGCAGAUGAUACUAAGAUAGGUGGUGUUGUGGAUAAUGAAAUAGGUUUUCAAAGCUUGCAGAGAGAUUUAAGUCAGAAGAGUGGGCUGAAAGAUGGCUCAUGGAGUUUAAUGCUGAUAAGUUUGAGGUGCUACAUUUUGGAAGGACUAAUCAAAAUAGGACAUACAUAGUAAAUGGUAGGGCAUUGAGGAAUGUAUUAGAACAGAGUGAUCUAGGAAUAAUGGUGCAUAGUUCCCUGAGGGUGGAAUCUCAUGUGGAUAGGGUGGUGAAGGAAGCUUUUGGUAUGCUGGCCUUUAUAAAUCAGAGCAUUGAGUAUAAGAGUUGGGAUGUAAUGUUAAAAUUGUACAAGGCAUUGGUAAGGCCAAAUUUGGAGUAUUGUGUGCAGUUCUGGUCACCGAAUUAUAGGAAAGAUGUCAACAAAAUAGAGAGAGUACAGUAUUCUUUGAAGCAUAGAAGGUUGAGGGGGGACUUGAUAGAGGUAUUUAAAAUUAUCAGGGGGAUAGAUAAAGUUGACGUGGAUAGACUUUUUCCAUUGAGAGUAGGGGAGAUUCAAACAAGAGGACAUGAGUUGAGAGUUAUGGGGCAAAAAUUUAGGGGUAACAUAGAACAUAGUAACACGAGGGGGAAUUUCUUUACUCAGAGAGUGGUAGCUGUGUGGGACGAGCUUCCAGUAGAAGUGGUAGGGGCAGGUUCGAUAUUGUCAUUUAAAGUAAAAUUGGAUAGGUAUAUGGACAGGAAAGGAAUGGAGGGUUAUGGGCUGAGUGCAGGUCGGUGGGACUAGGUGAGAGUAAGUGUUCGGCACAGUCUAGAAGGGCCAAGAUGGCCUGUUUCCGUGCUGUAACUAUUAUAUGGUUAUAUGGAUUGAUAGCAAUAUCUCCUCCACAAUCUCCAUCAGCACAGGUGCACCACAAGGCUAUGUGCUUAGCUCCCUGCUCUACUCGUUUUACACUUCUGACUAUGUGGCUCCAAUGACACCAUUGUUGAAGGUCAAAUCAACAUAUAAGAGGGAGACUAAAAGUUUGUCUGAAUGGUGCCACAACAACAACCUCUUCCAACACUAAGGAGCUGAUAAUUAACUUCAGAAGGAAGAAACCAGAGAUCCAUGAGCCAGUCCUUAUCAGAGGAUAGAAGCUGGACAGGGUCAGUAACUUCAAAUUCCUUGGUGCUAUCAUUUCAGAGGACCUGCCCUGGGCCAAGCACAUAAGGGCAACUAUGAAGAAAGCAUAGCAGCACCUCUACUUCCGUAGAAGUUUGCAAAGAUUCGACAUGACAACUAUACUUUUGACAAACUUCUAUAGAUUUGUGGAGACUAUAUUGAUGGACUGCAUCACAGCCUGGUAUGGAAGCACCAAAGUACUUGAACAGAAAAUCCUAUGAAUAGUAGUGGAUAUGGCCCAGUCCAUCAUGGGCAAAGCCCUCCCCACCAUUGAGCACCUUUAAAAGAGCAUUGUUGCAGGAAAGUAGCAUCUAUCAUCAAGAACCCCCGCCACCUAGAUCAUGCUUUCUUCUCACUGCUACCAUCUGGAAGAAGGUACAGGUGAAUCAAGACGGACACCACCAGAGUCAGAAACAGUUGUUACUCUUCAACCAUCAGACUCAAACCAAAGGAGAUGUUCCCACUUUCAAGGACUCUUCAUCACAUGUUCUUGCUAUUUAUUGCUUUUUAUUUAUCAUUAUUCUUACUUUUGUUUGUAUUUGCACACUGGUUGAAUGCCUAGUGUUAUGAUCCCAGCCCCCUCCUUUGUGAGAAUCGCAAGAGCACCCGUCGAAAGGGGGGGGGGGGGGGUCAGUAGACCCAGUAGGAGAGAGAGAGAGAAACGUGCCAAAUUGCAGGUCCUAAGCCAGGGAUACAGAAUAAAGACAACAGCGACUAUUGUCUCAUGGAGACCAUGUGAAAAGCCCUUGGGCAAGGUGGGCUGGUUGAGAGAGAGAUUGCAUCAUCCCAACCUGAUUGACACCUGCGACCCCAUGAGGAAGUAUAAAGGAGAGUCUCGGGGGACAGCCCCUCAGACGCACCCAGAAGACACGAGAGAGUGUUCCCGCAGCAGCGGGAAGCCAUUCUGAAGUAAGCCACGUGCGUUAGAUUCCGGGAUUGGAAUCUGUGGCUGGAAUCACAGAAAAACGCUUUAACUAACAUCGGGGAGAGGAAACCAAUGCUCCCCCGAUUUCACGGAAGAUUCAUCGAGACUCGGCAAGUUCUUUCUCUUCUCCCCCAAUCUCUCUCUCUCGGUCGCCCCACACAAAACCCAACGAUUUUCAAAGGGCUGAGGCCUGCAGACUUUCAGAGUGACUUUUAUGUUUCCAACGGAUAAUCUAUUAACCCCUAGACACCAGCAGAGCUCACUUCUUAAUGAUGAUUAUUACUAUACCCGCGCUUUAGAUUGAAUGUUGACGAUGUGCACUAUCUGAACGUAUGUAUUAACCCUACUUUUGUGUCCCUUUAUAAAUAAAAACGUUUGAAAAUAGUGACAACAGACUUCAACAGACGUCUCUAUCUUUGCUGGUAAGUUAUCCAGUUACGGGAUACGUAACAAUUGGGUUGCUCGUCCGGGAUUUGACACCAAAUUGGGAGGCCAGUGAAUAGGGCUUGUAAAUCAAAAAACUUGAAUCUGGUUACGCGGGUAGCCAGACGGGAAACCAGCAAAGAUGGACGUGGGGGAAUUUAUGAAAAACCCGAUGGUGGGGGCGCUAGAGGCGGCCACCAAAUCAGACUUGUUAAAUUUGGCGAAGGGGUUGAACCUCACAGAAGUGAGGUCGUCCAUGAAAAAGCGGGAGGUACGAAGGACGAUAACUCAGUAUUACAUUGGGAAGAAUGCGUUUGAAGAUGAGGUAUUGGAAGAUAUCCCUGACAAAGUACCAUCAAGUGGGACGGUUCAGUUAGAGGUGGAGAAAUUAAAGUUGGAAUGUGAACUUAAAUUAAAAGAGCUGGAAGUGGCUGAGAGAGAGAGAGAGAGAGAGAGAGGGAAAGGCAAGAGAGAGAGAGGGAAAGGCAAAGACAGCAUGAAAUUCACCUAAAGAAGCUAGAAGCAGAAGAGAAAGAGAAGGAAUGGGCCGAGAAAGAGAAGGAACGGGCUGAGAAAGAGAAACAGAGGCAACAUGACUGGGAAAUUGAGAAGAUGAAGAACGAGCGAAGAGAUCAAGGGUUAGACCAAGCAGAGCGGUUUAAUGUUAGUAGGGAGUUGAGAUUGGUGCCCCCGUUCGAGGAGACAGAUGUCGAUAGUUAUUUCCUGCUUUUUGAAAAGGUGGCAGUAAAUCAGAAGUGGCCAAAAGAGCAGUGGGUGGCGUUGUUACAAAGUGUGUUAAAGGGGAAGGCCCAACGAGCAUAUGCGGCCUUGUCCCUGGAGGGAGGAGGAGCGGAGAAUUAUGAUGAGGUAAAAAAGGUAAUUCUUCGGACUUACGAAUUGGUACCUGAGGCCUAUAGACAAAAGUUUAGAAAUUUAAGGAAAGGGUGGAAUCAAACGUAUACCGAGCUAGCCCAUGAGCUCUUGGACCGUUGGUGCACCGCGGAAAGAGUGGGCGAGGAUUAUGGGCGUCUCAGGGAGUUAUUUUUGAUUGAGGAAUUCAAAAGUUGUGUUCCGGAGGAGAUCCAGGUGUAUUUGAAUGAGAAGUCGGAUAAGUCCAAUUCAGAAUUUGCCAGGUUGGCGAAUGAAUAUGUCCUAACCCACAAGAAAAAAACUCCCUCGAAUAAAGGUCCCCAGAGAGACCGUGGGAAUGAUCGAGAAAGUCCGACGAGUGAGGCAGAGGUCCCACCGGGAGCUAGCGGUAAGGUUGAAGGGGAAAAGCAAGACGGCCAGAGGGCUCCGGGUUUGACCUGUUUUAAUUGUGGAAAGGAGGGGCACAUUGCAUCUCAAUGCUUUGCUCCGAGGAAGGAGAUAGGAAGAGGGAAAACCACAGUCCCUAUUGGGUGUGCCGCGGUAAUCAGCAAAUCGACCAGAGAGCCGAGGGUAGACAGAGUAUGAGAGGGCUCUGGGAGUUAUCUGUCACAUGGAACCGUGUCUGUGACGGAGGGAGACACACCAGUUUCCGUACGAAUCUGGAGGGAUAUCGGCUCUGAAUUAUCCCUGGUUAGCCGUAAGGUACUAGAAUUUGGUUGGGAAACGGGCAUGGUAAAGGUGGAAGGAAUAAAUAAAUGGAUAGAAAUGGUGCCCUUAUAUAAGGUCAUUCUGGAUUGUGAGCUGGUGUAUGGAUCAGUUGAAAUAGGGGUGCCCUCAGAAUUCCCGAGAGCUGACAUGGACAUGCUGCUGGGAAACGACUUAGCAGGGGGUAAGGUUUGGUCAGCCAUGCUGCCGACCUGGCAACCGGCGAGUACGGUGGCCCCGUCCCUAGCGCCCAAGGACCAUCUCGCCGGCGCGGUCACUCGCAGCCUGUCGAGAGAGAGAGCUGUGAACGAGAGCAGUUUAAAUCUGGCCAGUUUUGAUUUGGCCGAGACGUCUUUGCUGACCCUGUGCCAUGAGGGUUUCGAGGGUGGUAAGACGAAGAGUAGUAGAAUGAAAGGGGGUAAGAGAGAGGAGAUAGAUCUGCCUUUAGCGAAGAGAAAGAUCCUAAAGGUAGGAGAUAAAGAUGAGAAACAGAUAAAGCUGUUGAAAGGUCCAGAGUUGGACAUGGAUGAUCUGUCUGGUUUGGCAGAAUUGUUUGAAGAACUUGAGAGUUCUAAAGGUGUUCCCGAUAAUGAGAGGAGGGCAGUCCUAGAUGGAAAGGAUACCCUUGCCUCGAAGGGGUCUGCUGAAAGGGCCGAGGAGGUUGUUUCAGCUCGCAGGGUUGCACCUUUCCCGGGUGGGAGCUGCCCAGAGAGUGACUGGGAGGAUCGGGGGAAGUUAGAAUUUGAAAAAGGUACGGGUGUUGAAAGCCUGGAAGAGGCCAAUGUCCCGUUUGAGUGUGUCCGAGAUGGGGAUGCCCGAGGUGCUGAACCUAGUAACGGAGCUCAGAAGUCUGAGGUAUCUGACCCAGUGGAACGGGGCGGCCGUCCUUGUGGGUCAGAUGGACUCGAUUCAGUGGGAAAAGGGUUAACCUUGGUAACCGGGGAAAGUGUGAGUUCCCCGGCGUCUGUACUCAAAGGAGUGUUCAAAGUUAAUGCAGAAUUUAAGAAUGGGGGGAUGAGGAUUGUUGGCGAAGGAAACGAAAAGCCUGUAGUUUCCAAAUCGAAGGAAGAAAUCUUAAACCUGGCAGAUCGCUCACAGAGUGAGCCGGGGAAUAGCGGGGCCCCCCCCACUCUAUUGUUAUGCCAGGAUGGGGUGUGAAAAGGCUGCCUUCGACAGACUACUUGAGCGAAGAGUUCGAAUCAAACACCAAUAGCCUGAAGGGGACUGAUAAAAGGGCCAGCCACCUGGGUAAAAUCGAAGAAUUGGGUGAAAAGGGUCUAAGUUUGGGGCAUGGUGUCGCAAAAAUAACCUCGAUGAACGAGGCUGGCGGGACUUUACCACGAAAAAUUACUCAAGUUCCCCACGGGGGGCUCGCCAAAAAAGAGGCGUCGGUUAAUGGAGAUGCCAUUGUUAGACAGCCAGGCAGGUUGAACGGGUUUGCGCCAAAGCCUGUGAAUAAUAAAGACAGCCCCUAUGGAGACCUGCCGGUUAAGUUAAACGACUGAAAUGAUUAGUAUUCGCGUAAACUUUUGUAAAUGCACCUAAGCUAAGGUCACACCUCCUUAGUUUUGUUGCUUAAGAAAAAAAAAAUUAAAUAGGUGGUUAUUGAAUUGAAGUCUGAUGUAUGGUUCGCAAUGUUAAGAUAUUAAAGAAAGGGACACUGUAAUCGUUAACUAUUUAGAUACUGACUUGAAUGUAUAAUGGUAGUAUUUUGUGAAAAGAAAAACUUGUGUAUUGUGUUAGAUUCAAAACUCCUGUAAGACUGUGGACCACUCCAUUUUAACCACUGGUAAAAACGUUUUUUAAGAGGGCAGGUGUUAUGAUCCCAGCCCCCUCCUUUGUGAGAAUCGCAAGAGCACCCGUCGAAAGGGGGGGGGGGGGGUCAGUAGACUCAGUAGGAGAGAGAGAGAGAGAAACGUGCCAAAUUGCAGGUCCUAAGCCAGGGAUACAGAAUAAAGACAACAACGACUAUUGUCUCAUGGAGACCACGUGAAAAGCCCUUGGGCAAGGUGGGCUGGUUGAGAGAGAGAUUGCAUUAUCCCAACCUAAUUGACACCUGCGACCCCGUGAGGAGGUAUAAAGGAGAGUCUCGGGGACAGCCCCUCAGACGCACCCAGAAGACACGAGAGAGUGUUCCCGCAGCAGCGGGAAGCCAUUCUGAAGGAAGCCACGUGCGUUAGAUUCCGGGAUUGGAAUCUGUGGCUGGAAUCACAGAAAAACGCUUUAACUAACAUCGGGGAGAGGAAACCAACGCUCCCCCGAUUUCACCGAAGAUUCAUCGAGACUCGGCAAGUUCUUUCUCUUCUCCCCCAAUCUCUCUGUCUCGGUCGCCCCACGCAAAACCCAACGAUUUUCAAAGGGCUGAGGCCUGCAGACUUUCAGAGUGACUUUUAUAUUUCCAACGGACAAUCUAUUAACCCCUAGACACCAGCAGAGCUCACUUCUUAAUGAUGAUUAUUACUAUACCCGCACUUUAGAUUGAAUGUUGACGAUGUGCACUAUCUGAACGUAUGUAUUAACCCUACUUUUGUGUCCCUUUAUAAAUAAAAACGUUUGAAAAUAGUGACAACAGACUUCGACAGACGUCUCUAUCUUUGCUGGAUCAACCACUUCAGGAGGUUAAAACUGUUAAAACAGUCUUUUCCACAAGCUCUGACUGCCAGGGACCCUUGACUCCAUCAAGACUGGGGACUGAGAGGGGAGAUCGUGCCUGUGCACAGGAUCCUCAUACACCACAGACUCCAUCAGUCAGCAGCCAGUGAGGGGUGAGUUCAAAGCAUUUACUGAAGCCAUGGCUGUGUUUCCAAUAACAUCUUUACCACCACUGCUGUGUUGCAUCCCACCCUACAGAGCAAAAUCCUACUAAGACCACUGUAAUUAAUCUUUGUAAAGAACAAAUCCUGAACAUGACACUGAGUAGAUCUCCCCAGAUCUUUAGACUUGUACCAUGGGCUGCUGAUCACAGAAACUUUGCACUCCUAAGAAAAGAGGUUUAAUAUUUCAUGUUAAAUAUUUCAACCUCAUCUUUCAGUGCACUAGAUCAAAAGCAUGGUUAGUGUGCUGUGCCUAAAGUGGGACAAGGCCCUGAAGUCUGAGUGCAGCACAAAGCUAAAGCCCCACUGUUCUGAGGUCAGAUAUCUGUCACAUUCCUGGCACCAAAAAUAUCAGGGUCUGUGUUCUAUUUUUAUUUGUUGUUAUACAACCAGAUGUCAAUUACUUUUGGUUAGUAACCCACAACCAUCUGCUCACUGGUUGUGAGGGUUCAAUGGUGAUGCUAUGACCUAAGGAGAAAGUUGCUCAAAUUGUAAAAUAACAUUGCAGAACAUUUUUCCUUUGCAAAAUAACAUUGACUAGGUGCUAUAUGUUGGUGAAUUGAGACUGUAGAUCUCAAAGGAGAAGGAAGAUAUUUGAAGUAUUUGAGGUCUGAGGUCAAUACCAUCAGCUGAUUAGCUGGGACAUCAGUGAAAGGGAGAAGAGAAAUGUUGGAUUGAAUGUGGUAGGCUAGGAAUGUAGGACUAAAUGUGGAAGGAUAGGAACUUCACUUCAGUUGCACUUCGCUUCAACAGAAUUUCACAGAAUGGUCCUGAGGCUGAAAGGUGAGUCACCAUGAGGAAAGGUGGCGGAUCUUGGUGAGUGAAUAAAUCUUAGAAGGUACAGAAAGAACUGAUCAGUUUGUUUAAAUCCCAUAGAGUAUCUCAAAGAUCACAAACCAGCUCCUGGGAAACAGUUCACUGU